AAGAGUUGGCGUAAGAUCACUGCGUUCCUCUAAAAGAAGCGAUCUGGGUGCCCAAAUGGGCGAUAGGACGGUGAAAAUUGCACCGGUUGGUGCAUGGGUAGAACCCGUACGUAUUAGUGUUGAUGAACAAUGUCAUGCCGUGUAUGCAGCUCAGAUUGAGGAGGAAAGAAUACAAAGAGCACAACAGUUGAAAGAAGAAAAAUUACAGCAUUUCCAAAGAGAAGUUAAGAAAAGAGUCAAAAAAAUGCAGAAGAUGAAAAAACAACAACAAUUAGAAAGUUCUUUCAAAGCGGUUGAAAUGGAAAGAAGUAUUGUAAUGCAGAGUAGCCACGCUGCCGAACGUUUGACGCCAAAGAAGAAUACAUGCGUCUACAGAGAUGAGCAGCAACUCUCCAUCCAUCCUUCUGUAUCCAUGGCAACUGCAUCCAGUGAAUCAGCUGAUGAUACUGAUGAUGGGAGGGUUUUUGAAGAACACUUAAAUCAAGUUCACAAAGCUAUUAGUCAUGCUCGAAAGAAUUUAGCAUCAAAGAGGCUUGUACUAGAUAGGAAGCAUUUGCCUGGUGGUGCCUGGAAAGUUGCUUCAACGCGAGACUUACCUUUAUCAGCUGACCAUGAUGAGGUACUUGAUACAAAUGAAGCUAUAGAAGCUGGUAGCGUUGAAAGUGAUGAAGAAAUACCGCAACAAGAAUUAGAUCAGUCAUUGAUAACAGAUGAUGAUGAAGCUAUUGCUAGGCAACAACAAUCACAUGACCAAGAAGAAGUGUUUCAACUAGCAGGCGCUCCUCCUCCCAAAGUCGUGACUUUCAGUCCAUCAUUAGGGCACCCGCAUCAAUUUGGUGGUGAUGGAGAACAAAAAGAGUCUGCUUGGUCACUGGGACAACCAAAGGUGGUGACUUUUGCAUCAUCGAAUGAACCAGAUGAAGUGUUGCCAAAGUUACGAAGGAGAAAAACUCAUCGUCUGUGUACACAUGCAUCAGUGCCUGAAGUUAUGCCUGGUGUCCUUGCAGAGGAGAAUAAACGACAGACAAGAAGUCAGUUUUCAAUGUACAGAAGACUGUUCAUGGAUAUUGAACGAGAACAAGUCAAAGAAAAUAUCAGAAAACAAGAACAUAGAAAAAAAAUGCUGAAAUUGAAACAAGAGAAAGAAUUGGAGAGAAAGAGAGAGGAGAGGGCAGCACAGUUGUCAAUUGAACCCAGAGAUCCUGUCACUGGCCAUACUGAGAAGGAGGCAUUGGAGAAAUCAAAACAGGAACAGAGAUACAUAACACAAACUAUGGAAAAACAGAAAAAGAAAGUACAGAAAAAGAGAGAAAUGAAUAGGUAUAUCGAUGCUUUACAAGCCGUGAUGAAGAAUAAGAUAGAAACUCAGAAUAUUCAGUUACCGCCAUUAUGUAACUGUGGUCCUACAAUAUGGGAUACCAACCCUGAUACCUGCGCUAAUAACUGUGUUUUCUAUAAAAAUCCUAACGGCUAUGCCAAAGCUCUGCAGUCUGUGUUGAUGUCUUGUGAUGUUGUAUAACUAUUAAUGAAGUCAACACAAGAAUGUUGUUGUGUUAAUUCAUCACCAAUACAUUCUGAUAUAUGCUGGGAAUAUAGCUCAUUUAAAUUAAAUUUCUUGUUUGGAAAAUUCCACUUUAUGGUUUAAGGUACCAGGAUGUGUGACCUUCAUGGGUCAUGAAUAAGUACCAGGAUGUGUGACCUUCUAGGGUCGUAAACAAGUACCAGGAUGUUUGACCUCCAGGGGUCGUGAAUAAGUACUGGAUGCGUGACCUCUAGGGUCCUGAGUAAGAGCUAUUCGAUCCCACCUGUGAUUUGAUACAAAGUUUGCAUGUAGAUGAUUAUUUCAUUAUUUACUGGGAUUUAAAUUCAAAGUUUUGUACAGUGAAACAAUCAGUUCCAGUGUUAAUAU